AUGGAGUAUUACUCAGAAGAAGAAGACUUUUUUGAUUCAAGCCAAUGUUCCGAUAUCGACGAAACCGACCAAGCAUGGUCCAGUAAGGAGGAUGGCUUUGAAAGAUCGUGUUCUGCUGAUGAAUACUCUAGUUCAGAGUAUGGAGACGACCCUGGUGAAGAAAGUCCUGAACCUAAACCACCAGACCACUCUCAAGGCAACACAAGAUUUUACAAGAAAGGAGGUUGCCGAGAAAACAAAUCAUGGAGCAUUGACACUGAUUCUGAAAUCAGUAUGGGAGAGGAAGAUGAAUGUGAUCCACAUCCUACCCAGGCUUGCAAUCCUCUUAAGAAAUCACUGACGCCAGCCAGCUAUGGAGUUACUCCAUACAAAGUACCUGGCCGAUCCAAAUCCACCACAGCACAAUCAACACCAGCUGCCACAAAGAAGCAAUCCAGAACAGAACGUGGGAACACACCUGAUUAUCUAGUCUUUUCAGGUUCUAGCAUGGACCCUGGAGUCUAUUUAAGAUGGGAGGAUGAUAUGAAGCAGUGGCUGCGAGCAAAGAACAUCCCAAAGGAAGAUAAGCUAUCAUAUGCCCUUGAUAUGCUUAUUGGAAAAGCUUACACUUGGUGGGAACAAGAAGAUGCCCAGACCUACUACUCUAAUCCAGUACUCAAUUGGGGAGAUCUUAAGGCACGCAUGUAUAAGGAGUUUGUAAGGAAGCUCAGGGCCAGCAACAAAGUUCUCACAAGGCCUAUGUACCAAGAAAAUCGGUGGAGUUCAAUGUCAACACCAAAGGCAAGACCAGCUGCUGAUAAGAGUCACGCCCACUGUCCUGAUCCAAGGAAGUCAUUGUCCACUUCAAAGAAGGCAGAGGAGGUUGAGAAACUUUCUCCAGCCAAGAAGUAUCAAGGCUGGACAAGCACCACAUCAAAGCACCAUCACCAAGCAACAUCAAGGAAAGAGGUGUCUAGCUUAAAACCAGAAUCUGCUUCUAUGCCUAUGAGUGCUCACGGCCUUAAGCCCAAGAAGGUGACAUCAAGUGUCCCUACACUUCACAAAGGAGCUAUGAGGUCGUCCCAAACAGAGAAGUUUCAAGAGAGACCAAUCCCUACACUUUUGAUGGAAUCACAAGGGAUACAAGAAGUAUGUCAAAGGUCCAAAGAAACUUCCAACCAACAAGAGAACAUAAGAAGCCAAGGUAAGUCCUCUAACUCUAAAAAUUUAAAAGAUCAGACAUGUUACAGAUGUCAUAGACGUGGACACUUUGCUGCUGUUUGUCCAUCUAAGAAAUUGAAAGAAACAUCACUAGGAGAGAAAACUGAAAUAUCAAAAUAA